AUCCGUGCAUUGAAGAGACAAAGAAGACCUGGAGUGAAGCCUCACAAAGCUGUAACUUGGUGGUCUCCAACACACCCCUCCGUGUCGGUGUUCCAAUUACAGAUAUCCCUGUUGUCGAAUACAUAUCCUCUGAUCCAACCUACAAGUCUGAAGAUCUUCACUGGAUAGGGGCCAUAGGAACAUUCACACCAUGGUUUGAACUAGCAGGAUGCAACCUGUAUUUCAAGUUCUCAAUCAAUAAACAAUGGAUGCCCCGUUCAAAACUUGGUCCUGUGACUCAAUGUCAUCAAAUAUGUGAAAACUGGAAAAGCUACAGAGAAAUCGGAAUAAACGCAGUCUUUCCUAAAUAA